AUUUUAUUUCAAGUCGCCGGGAAUAUUUAAAACUUUUUAAAGAGACACGGGUGAGUUCAAUAUAUAUUCCUCGGGACAGAGUGAUGUCUGUUAGGUACCUUCUUAACUAUUUUUAAUUAGGAUGGAGAAGGCUUUAAGAGCAUACUCUGAAGUUUUGAGGCUGAUCAGGCUACUGCCUAAGCAGAGUAGAUCUUAUUAUCAAAAAUAUGCGAGAGAGAAUUUUGUUAACUAUAGAGAAGUGCCAGAUUCUGCUUCUAUGGACGAAUUGCUUCAGAGAACAUACAAUCAUUCCUGUUGGGUUCUCAAAAAGUACCAAGUGGACGAAGCAGCUGCUAAGAACCUGAAAGAAAUCUGUGUCAAUACAUAGUGCUUGAAAUGCAAAAUCUAUUCAUAAAGUGAUUAGGGUUUAGGGUUUACUUUAACUUUAAUGAUCUAUAUCUAUUGCGGGUCAAGGAUAUUGAUAUUUUGGGAUGGUUUCCAUUUCACAAAUUCGGAAUCAUUAAUCACCAUUUUAUUUGGUUAUUUUUGAGUUUUUCCUUGACCUAAGAUUGCUUGUAACAGGGCUCAGCACUCAUUCUUUGUUGUUAAAUUUUUUAGUUGUAUUUUUAGCUUGUUUAA